AGAAUCCACCAAAUAAAUCGCGGAGUUCCCAACGCUCUCCGCCCUCUCUCGCCCGCAUUCCCCAAUCCAAUCCGCGGCGGCAUCGGCGGCGACGCCACCACCACCGGGAAGCUCCGCCCCUUCUCCGUCUCCGUUCCCGUCCCCUCCCCUCCCCUCCACACGCGCCCGAAUCGCGCCGCAGAUUUCGCCGCCCCCCGCGCCUCCCCCGAUUUCGGCGGAACAGCCGCUAGGGUUUCGAUUCGCCUCGGGAUCGGGUUCGGGCCCUGAUCGGAGGCCGCCUUCGUCGUCCGGGGGUACAAUCCGCCGCCCCCCCUGCUUCCUGGCACGGCAGGAACCAUUUCCGGUAAUGUUUCCGUUUGAAUCCCCUUCUCGUUUCCGUUCCGAUUUCUCGAUCGUGGUGAGAACCGCGUAUCUCUCAGACUCGCUGCGGUAUUUGCAGGGGAAGGAUACGGCGAUGGAGGGGCACGUGUUCGGAGGCGGCAACUGGGGCUCGUCGCCCUACCCUGGCCCCAACGCCAACAUCAACGCCAGCGUCAACGAGAACCAGUUCAUGUUCGAUGCCAAGGCCGCGCCGCAGCAGCUUCAGCUCUUCGGGAGCAACGCGGUUGGCACCAGUGGAUAUUAUAACUACAAUGGAAAUGGCAACCCAUAUGUUAUGAACCAACCAAGAAAGACAAGCAAUUGUGCAGCGGAUGAAAAGAAGCUCAAGCUUCAGAUGUCCUUGAACAACUUUCAUGCAGGAGAUGCCGACCGGUUGGCAUGUACUGGUAAUUCAAGUGUUGUGUCUACUGGGCUGAAACUGUCCUACGAGGAUAAUGAGCAUAAUUCUUCCUUCACGUCUGGUAGUGGAAGCAUGUCUUCUUUGACUUCCACGACGCCUUUUGGUCAUGAUAUUAUGACUGAAAUGGAGAAAGGAAACAAAGAGAUUGACUAUUAUUUGAGAAGCCAGGUGGAACAACUCAGUAGGCGUGUGAAAGAGAUGAAGCAAAGGCAGAUGGUUUCUCUCGUGUCUACUCUCGAAAGAGGGGUAGGAAAGAAGCUGAGGGAGAAGGAGCUCGAGGUGGAGGCCAUGAACAAAAAAAGCCAGGAGCUGAAUGAACAGAUCCGACAGGUGGCCAUCCAGGUCCAGUCAUGGCAGUCAGCCGCGCUCUACAACGAAUCUGUUGCCAGCACCCUGAAGACCCAGCUCAUGAAAGUGGUGGCGGACCACGCCAACCGCACCAGGGAAGGUUGCGGCGACAGCGUAGUGGAGAGCGGCGCUGUGCCCGGCCAGAAGAACAUCAACACUGUCCCCGGAGGCUUCUUCAAGUCGUGCCUCCUCCCUGGAGUCAAGAGCGGCGUAGCCGGCAGUGGGCUUGCAGCCUGCAAGUGGUGCGGAGCGAAGGAGGCGGCAGUGCUGGUGAUGCCUUGCCGCCACCUGUGCCUGUGCGCCGACUGCGAUAGGGUCACAGAUGCAUGCCCUGUCUGUCAGUACCCCAAGAGCGGUAGCGUUGAGAUCAACAUGUCCUAGCAUCAAUCCUGUGUGUUUCGAAUUGGACAGUGGUGUUAUGACUCCGGUACAUAUAGUCAAUCCGCCCCUCUCCCUCCAUGAUUCUGCCUUUGGUUUGCACCUAGCAAGCUGUAGUCCUAAAGUUUUGGUGGUGGACAUAGAUUGUUGGUCCGGUCUGGAACGAUCAAAAUUUUCCUGGACCCAGCGAGAGAUGAGCAGAUUGUUGCGAAAUUCCUUCGUUCCAAACGUACUCCAGACCAUCUCGACGGAG